AAUUUUAUCCCGUGCCCAAAAGAAGCAAAACAAAUUACGUAAGGUUUUAAAUAUAAGGAAAGGCAACCAUCAAAGUCGUUGUAGUAUAGUGGUGAGUAUUCCCGCCUGUCACGCGGGUGACCCGGGUUCGAUCCCCGGCAACGGCGAUUUUUCCUUUUUAUUUUCAUUUCUUAUGAAUCUGUUUGCCUGUAAACGGCGUCGCAGAAGGAUCUUUGUUUCUAUCUAACAAGCCGUCGCUUAAAUGCUUCGAAAUGGAUGAGGCUUGGAGCACCGUCGUCUUUCUUCUUUGUGACUGUGGACUCUCAUCGGAAUUUAUUCCAUUUUGGAGUUUUAUUCAAGUGGCCUAAGCCAGGAAGGGUAAGCUGAAUCUGAUAAAAAAGAGAAGGGUAAGCUGAACGAUAUGGGAAUGUCAAGGAACGCGCAAUUGAAUUCGGCCAGUGACCCUGGGCCGAGUGGAGAAUCGGGUCCGACCAUCGCCUUCUCCAGUGGUAAUGAACCGCGAAGGUUCCCUCUGGCAGCUCAGCCGGAGAUAAUGAGAGCUGCCGAGAAGGACGACCAGUACGCCUCCUUUGUUUACGAUGCCUGCCGCGACGCUUUUCGCCACCUAUUCGGUACAAGAGUCGCUGUGGCUUAUCAGAGUGAGACAAAGCUUCUCGGGCAGAUGCUUUAUUACGUAUUAACAACAGGUUCUGGGCAGCAAACUCUUGGGGAGGAGUACUGUGACAUUACUCAGGUUGCAGGGUCACAUGGACUUCCUCCAACACCUGCAAGGCGAGCUCUUUUCAUUUUAUACCAGACGGCAGUUCCUUAUAUUGCAGAAAGAAUUAGCUCAAGAGUUGCUUCUCAUGGCAUCACUCUUGCCGAUUCAAUGUCUGAGGAACCUUACAGCAACUAUGCUCCAGGAAGCAGUCAGAUCCAGACUUCUGUAAUGAUUGAUCUCCCAUCUUCCUCCACCACAGGGGCAUCAGUUUCUUUACUAUCUAGGUUGAGGCAGAAGUUCAGUGGACUAUGGUUGCAUGCAGUUCGACGAUGGCCUGUGGCACUUCCUGUGGCUUGUGAACUUUUGCAAUUGAUUCUUCGCACUAACCUCAUGUUUUUCUACUUUGAAGGUUUGUAUUAUCAUAUAUCGAAACGUGCAGCUGGCAUUCGUUAUGUUUUCAUUGGAAAGCCAUCAAAUCAAAGACCAAGAUACCAAAUACUGGGUGUGUUCCUUCUAAUUCAGCUAUGUAUUAUUGCUGCUGAAGGUCUGCGCCGCAGCAAUAUAUCUUCUAUUGCAAGUUCAGUUCAUCAGACCUCCAUUGAUCCCCAUCAAAGUUCAGGGCGACGUUUGCCUGUCCUAAAUGAAGAAGGUAAUUUGAUACCUAUGGAGACGGGCAGGGGAGGUUGGUUGUCAGAUUCCACAUCAACUUCAGAGUCUUACGGAGCAAAUGGGGUGAGCAAAUGCACACUCUGCUUGAGUAAUCGGCAGUACCCAACUGCUACAGCUUGCGGUCAUGUUUUCUGCUGGAAUUGCAUAAUGGAAUGGUGCAAUGAAAAGCCUGAGUGCCCUCUCUGCCGGACCCCAAUAACUCAUUCAAGCUUAGUUUGUUUAUAUCAUUCAGACUUCUAGCAUUUGAUAAAGACGAUUUUGGCCUUGAUCAACUGCAGGACGGGAAUAGAUAAUAUACAGCAACCAAGGAGCCCUCUAUCUUCUGAUAAUGCUUCAGAGGUGUGACAUGAUAAUAAAAGGCAUUGAACUUUGUUAUGAGAUCGUAGCAAAGUUGAAUCAAACCCACACAAAGCAAGGUUGUUGAUGAUCAUUUUCGGAUGUGUAAAAACUAUGAUAUUUUUGGCUUGUGAAGAAUGCUGAAUUCCAUGUUGAAAAUGAUAUAUCAGUUGGAGAAUAUAAUUUAUUUAUUUAUUA